CCGAACCAACUUGUCCCCGUCAACUCCAUUUUCCCCGGUCGCCGCCGUCCCCGCGCACACGCCCGGCGAAGUCUCCUGGUUUCCCCGUGGCGUUUCCAGUGACAGCUGAGGGGCUCCGUUCCUUGAGCUGUCGGAGACAGGCAGGAAGCAAAGUUUGUCAGGAGCCUCGGGGGUGACUUUGCCUCGGGGACCCGCAUUUGUGCGUGUGCGAGGUGCCUCGGUGUGCGCGGGGCUAGUUUCCCCAGGUUCCGGGGCAGGGGUGCCGCGCUCGCGAGCCCCUCUCUCCUUCGAACCCCUCCAUGGAUUUGUGGAGGAAAAGUGAUGACCUGAACUAGUAGUGGGGCGUCGCGCGCUCCUGUUCCCCGCCCCUGGGGAAGGAGGGGGAGCCCCGGAGAGCUUACAGGCGAGCUGGAAGCAGGCUCCGGGGCUCAGCGCCCCGAAAGCCCGAAAGAUUGGCUCCGGGGAGCAGGGCGCCGGGUGGAUGGAGGGAACGGGCUGCGGAACUGCUUGAAUGCCGCCCUGUGACCGCCGAGAUGAGGGAGCAGCCCUUAUUUGCCUGGGUCUGAAUCUCCAUGCUGUCGUGGUUGUGGAAUGCAAAAGCCAGGACAUGAUGGAAACAGGGCUCGAAGAUCCUGUCAGAAUGCCAGAGGAAAGUUCUCCCAGGCAGACCCCGCAAAGCAUUCCCUACCAGGACCUGCCGCACCUGGUCAAUGCCGACGGACAGUACCUCUUCUGCAGGUACUGGAAACCUGCGGGCACACCCAAGGCCCUCAUCUUUGUGUCGCAUGGAGCCGGGGAGCACUGUGGCCGCUAUGACGAGCUGGCGCAGAUGCUGGUGGGGCUGGAGCUGCUGGUGUUCGCCCACGACCAUGUUGGUCACGGGCAGAGCGAAGGGGAGAGGAUGGUAGUGUCUGACUUCCACGUUUUCGUCAGGGAUGUGCUACAACACGUGGAUCUCAUGCAGAAGGACUACCCGGGGCUUCCUGUGUUCCUGCUGGGCCACUCCAUGGGAGGCGCCAUCUCUAUCCUCACAGCCGCAGAGAGGCCGGGCCUCUUCUCUGGCAUGGUCCUCAUUUCGCCUUUGGUUCUUGCCAGUCCUGAGUCAGCGACGACUUUCAAGGUCUUUGCUGCGAAAGUUCUCAACCUUGUCCUGCCAAACAUGUCCCUGGGCCCAAUUGACUCCAGUGUGCUCUCUCGGAAUAAGACAGAGGUCGACAUUUACAACGCGGACCCCCUCAUCUGCCGCGCGGGACUGAAGGUGUGCUUUGGCAUCCAGCUGCUCAAUGCUGUCACGCGGGUGGAGCGGGCCCUCCCCAAGCUGACCUUGCCCUUCCUGCUGCUCCAGGGCUCUGCCGACCGCCUUUGUGACAGCAAAGGGGCCUACCUGCUAAUGGAGUCUUCCAAGAGCCAGGACAAGACACUCAAGAUUUAUGAAGGUGCCUACCACGUUCUCCACAAAGAGCUUCCCGAAGUAAGCAACUCCGUCUUCCAUGAAAUAAACCUGUGGGUCUCCCAAAGGACAUCGACCGCGAGAAAGGGGUCCCCGCCCUGAGCCAACUAGCUGCAUGACGGGCCCACGGUCCGUGGGUGGGGGAAGUGGGCAGAGGAAGGGCAGAAGCUGGCUUGUCAGUGGGGCCUGCCGGGGGCGGGGUGGGGGUCACACACCGGAGAAAUCCCCGGCACAAUUCCCUUUAAAAUGAGACAUCCUUGUCAUGGGUUAGGCUGUCUGCUACUGGAUCUGCUUCAAGGGACAGACACUUGAUGCUGAAACAGAGAAGGGCCACACGCAGGUUCCCAGGGAGAGAACCUAGCUGAGCCUCUGCUCUGCCCCUCCCCCAGCCCCCACAAGGUUCCCAGGAAUUCCUGGAAUUCCCAGGACACCCGACUGCAAUAAUCAGAGGAUGCUCCCUCCUGACCUCCCCCCCGCCACCCUGGGCCCCACCACAGGAUUCCCCGCCCCCCACCGGCCUCACCUUGUGACCUUUCUCUGGCCAUGGGACAAGGUGGCAGGCAUCACCUCCCCGGGACAGUCUCACGUGCCCCCCUCCCCCAGGCCCAGAAGAUGCCCAGGACAUACUUGAGCCGCCCGUGUCCCGUGUCAGCUCCUCGUCAGCCUGGAGCUGGGCAUUGGGAUGGGGUGAGGCUUGGCCCAGAAUCAGAACUUAGGCAGGAAACCCCUCCUUCCUGCCAGGGAGCCGGGCCGCCCACCCCGUGCUUUAUGUAUUUGGAGGCUGCCUUUCCUCACACAACUGACUUUACCCGCCACUAGGAGAGAGCAAGUGUAUUGAAGAUGAAGCAUCUAAUAUAUAAUGUAUAUUCUAAA